UGGGGGCGGAAGUUGCCGGACCCUCUGGGGCUGCGGGGCGGAGCGGGGGUCGGGGCGUGGGGGCGCCGCCAGCCGGCCGGGUGGGGUUGGCCGCGCGACCCGGGCCCACCGGGAGCCCCGAGAGAUUGAAGCCUGCGUGGCUUCUGAAGAAAAAUGGCAGAAACAUCACCAGAGCCUCCUGGGCAGCUUGUUGUACACUCAGAUACGCACAGUGACACUGUCCUGGCCAGUUUUGAGGAUCAGAGGAAGAAAGGCUUUCUUUGUGACAUUACUUUAAUCGUGGAGAAUGUGCAUUUCCGGGCCCACAAAGCCUUACUUGCUGCUAGUAGUGAAUAUUUCUCAAUGAUGUUUGCAGAAGAGGGAGAGAUUGGUCAGUCCAUUUAUAUGCUAGAAGGCAUGGUUGCAGACACUUUUAGUCUCCUGCUGGAAUUUAUUUACACAGGUUAUCUCCAUGCCAGUGAGAAAAGUACAGAGCAAAUCUUGGCUACUGCUCAAUUCUUAAAAGUAUACGACUUGGUAAAGGCUUACACAGACUUCCAAAAUAAUCAUAGCUCCCCGAAGCCACCAACUUUGAACAGUGCUCCAGUAGUUGUUAUUUCUAAUAAGAAAAAUGAGCCUCCAAAGCGGAAACGGGGAAGACCAAGGAAGGUCAAUAGUUUGCAGGAGGGGACAUCAGAACUGGUCACAGAGGAAGAAAUACAGCUAAAAGUGAACAAUUCCGUUCAAAACAGACAAAAUUUUGUGGCUAAAGAAGGAGACAGUGUUGUACUGAAUGAGCAGAUUCCUGCAAAAGAAAAGGAAGAAUCUGAGCCUGUCUGUGAGCCAGGAAGAGCGGAGGAGGUGCUAGCUGAGAAAGAUGAGAACCGUGACCCCAAGACCCAGGAUGGGCAGGACAGCCAGAGUCGGUACAGCAAGCGGAGGACUCGGAGAUCUGUCAUACUCAAAGAUUAUAAACUUGUUGGGGAUGAAGAUGACCAGGGUCCAGCCAAGAGGCUGUGUGGAAAGAGAAAGCGCCCCAGCGGUCCUGGGGCCAGGUGUAAAGAUUGUGGUAAAGUCUUUAAGUACAAUCACUUUUUAGCAAUCCACCAAAGGAGCCAUACAGGAGAGCGACCCUUCAAAUGUAACGAGUGUGGAAAAGGCUUUGCUCAGAAGCACUCCCUGCAAGUCCACACCAGGAUGCACACAGGCGAGCGGCCUUACACCUGCACUGUGUGCAGCAAGGCGCUGACCACCAAGCAUUCGCUGCUGGAGCACAUGAGCCUGCACUCAGGACAGAAGUCUUUUACCUGUGACCAGUGUGGAAAAUAUUUCAGCCAGAAAAGACAACUGAAGAGCCAUUACCGAGUUCAUACAGGCCACUCAUUACCGGAAUGCAACCACUGCCAUCGCAAAUUCAUGGAUGUGUCUCAGCUAAAGAAACAUCUACGAACACACACAGGUGAGAAGCCAUUUACUUGUGAAAUCUGUGGCAAAUCUUUUACAGCAAAGAGCUCUCUUCAGACCCAUAUCAGAAUUCAUCGAGGAGAAAAGCCAUACUCCUGCAACAUAUGUGGCAAGUCCUUCUCUGAUUCCAGUGCCAAGAGGAGACACUGCAUCCUACACACAGGCAAAAAGCCUUUCUCCUGCCCUGAGUGUAGCUUACAGUUUGCUCGUCCAGACAACUUAAAGGCUCACUUGAAAAUCCACAGCAAGGAGAAGCAGGCAUCGGAUGCCAGCAGUAUUCCUGGCAGCGGUAAUGCUGAAGAGGUCAGGAAUCUUCUUCAGCUACAACCCUAUCAGCUCUCUGCCUCGGGAGAACAGGAGAUUCAGCUUCUCGUAACCGAUUCUGUACAUAACAUCAAUUUCAUGCCUGGUCCUAGCCAGGGAAUCAGCAUCGUGGCUGCGGAGAGUUCCCAGAACAUGACCGCAGACCAGGCUGCCAAUCUCACUCUGCUCACACAGCAGCCAGAGCAACUGCAGAGUUUAAUUCUUUCAGCUCAGCAGGAACAAACAGAGCACAUUCAGAGCCUCGGUAUGAUGGAGAGCCAGAUGGAGCCCUCACAGACAGAGCCAGUGCAUGUGAUUACACUGUCCAAAGAAACCUUGGAGCAUCUGCACGCCCACCAAGAGCAAACAGAGGAGCUCCGCCUCGCAGCAAGUGCUGCAGAUCCUGCUCAGCACCUACAGCUGGCCCAGGAGCCUGGCCCACUCCCCACUCACCAUGUGACCCAGCCCACACCACUUGUCCAGGAACAGAGCUGACGUGGGAACAUGGCUGACUGCUGUGCUCGGUCCUUCCAAGCCAGCUAGAAGUCAGACUCUCUGAUCCUUAUGAAGAUGUAAUGGACAUAUUUAUAAUGUGCUUCUUUGGGGCAGUGAUUUGUAUGUGUAUAUGUGCAUGUGUAUGUGUGUGUGUG